ACUUCAUCCAACCAAUUUCAACCUCUCUCUCUCAAUCAAAAUCAUUCAUAGCGGAGAGUUCCAUAGCCAUAAGCAACAAUGAGCAACAAGCAAUAAACCCAACAACAAUGUAGCAGUAACAACAAUUUCUAACUCCUCAACACUCUUAAAACGACGUCGUUUUCCCGCCUCGAUGAUUCUUCUGAAUCACUUCUUCCCUAGACCCUACAAUGAUUCUCAAGAAUCAUCACUCUUUGUUUUUCGGAACUAACCUUCACCCUUUUCAAUUUCAGCGAAAAAAGCUUCAAAACAAAGGUUUUUGCACCUGCAAGUGUUGCAAUUACUCUAAACGGUGUCGUUUGGUAAGCCAAGCGUUAAAUUUCCCUAAUUUUUCUGCUCAAAAUGUUGUUUUUUCUAGAAAAGACUUGAUUUUAAGAAAUGGGUCAAGCUUAAAAUGUGCUAAUGAAUUAGGAAGAGAUUUUUCUGGUAAAAAAGUUGGGAAUUUUAGGAAAGACUUGAUUUUGAGAAAUGGGUCAAGGUUAAAAUGUGCUAAUGAAAAGGAACCAUAUUUUGUUAAUGAGAAUUUGGAGAAUUAUUUGAGGCCUUUGUUGAAAGAAGGGCUUUUGUUGAUAAGGGCUUCUGUUUAUACUGCUGUAUUAGGUGGUGUGUGUAUGUUGGUUUGGUAUGGUCAGAAUAAAGCUAAGGUUUUUGUUGAGAAUAAUUUGUUGCCUAGUGUUUGUUUGGCGAUUAGUGAAUAUAUUCAGAGGGAUGUUGAGUUUGGUAAAGUUAGGAGGAUUUCACCGUUGAGUAUUACGUUGGAGGCGUGUUCGAUUGGGCCGCAUAAGGAGGAGUUUUCGUGUGGGGAGGUUCCGACGGUGAAGAUUAGGGUACGACCUUUUGCAAGUUUGAGGAGGGGGAAGGUGGUUGUUGAUGCGGUUUUGACGCAGCCGAGUGUGUUGGUUGUGCAGAAGAAGGAUUUUACUUGGUUGGGGAUACCGUUUACGGAAGGGGGGAGAGAGAGGAGAUUUUCGAGUGAAGAUGGGAUAGAUUAUCGGACGAGAACGAGGAGGCUUGCAAGGGAGGAAGGUGGUGCGAGGUGGGAAAUAGAAAGGGACGAAGCGGCUAGGGAAGCUGCUGAGGUUGGUUACUUUGUUUCUGAGAGGAGAUGUGGUGCAUCUGAAGGUGAUGGUGCAAAGGAGAUUCCAAGUAGUUCAAUUGAGUUAAGUGAGGCCACACCGUUUUUCUGCGUGGAUGGUGGGAAGCAUGAUCAUCGGUUCAUGGACACAGGUGUUGAUUACGAUACGAAGCACGCAGAUUUGGAAAAAGCAUUUGGAGUGAAAUUUCUUGGGUCAGGGUUUCGAUUUUGGUCUAGAGUAUUAUCGGGGCAUAGGAAAAACAGAUUUAAAAGGAAGGCUAAUGGGAGUAAGAUCUAUGCAUCUGGUGUUGCUACAAAAAAAAGAAUGUUUGAACGUAGCGCAUCGGCAGCUCGUGCAUACUUUCGUGAUCAAUCACAAGGGAAGGAUGGGGAGCCUGCAUCAUCUUCUGAAUGUUUUCAAUUUAUGAAUCAUGACGAUGCACAUGCGGCAGUAAGUGAGGUUGAUGGAAAUGCUAAAUCUGUUACCAUUGGUGAUGAAAAUAUUAGUGAUGAUAGUCAAAGUGCUGCACGAUCCAGAGAUCUGGGAAUUUGGUCCCCCUCAGUAGAUGGAAAUGUUGGUGGUCAAUCAGAUUAUUUGAAAUUUGUCCGUGAGCCAAAUUUACAGACAGGAGAGAAGAAUUUUGAAAAUUUGCAAUCCUGUGAGGAUGUUGCAGUACCUGCUAAUGCUAAUAGUAGAACAGAUAAAAUUGAAGUCUUGGUACCUCCUGUUGAAGACGAUGAUUUUGGUAAUGAUAAUUCGUCUGGGUGCCAACCAGAUUUUACAUCUGAAAAUUUGGUUGGUUCCAAGCCAAAUUCUCAAUGGGCAACUUAUUUUCAAACUCCAUUUGAGUCCUUGCUUGUGAAAUUUGGUCUAACCUCGUGCAUGAGAAAUAUGGAGGAGUCAAUAUCUUGCUUUCUUUCUGGUCCCAUUGAAAAGUUGAAGUCUGAUGCGAGUGUGAAAGUGGAGGAUAUUAUUGCAGAGCCUGUUGAUGGGCUAGAUUUUGUGCAGUCUGAAGGCAUUAAUAAGGCGCUUCCUGUUAUAUUGGAUUCUGUUCAUUUCAAAGGUGCAACGGUGAUGCUACUUGCAUAUGGUGACGUGGAAGUUAGGGAGAUGGAGAAUGUCAAUGGGCAUGUAAAGUUACAAAACCACUAUAGUCGCAUACAUGUGCAUCUAAGUGGAAAUUGUAAUACUUGGAGGUCAGAUAUUCUAUCCGAAGACGGGGGCUGGUUGUCUGUUAAUGUUUUUGUUGACAUUAUUGAACAAAAUUGGCAUGUCAACUUGAAAAUUGACAAUCUUUUUGUCCCACUGUUUGAACGGCUCUUAGAGAUUCCAAUUAUGUGGUCUAAAGGGAGGGCUAGUGGCGAGGUUCACCUGUGCAUGUCUAAGGGAGAGACUUUUCCAAAUUUGCACGGACAGCUUGAUGUGACAGGGUUGGAUUUCCAACUAUUAGAUGCUCCAUCAGGUUUUUCUAACAUAUCAACGAGUUUAUGUUUUCGCGGUCAAAGAAUAUUUUUACACAAUGCAAAUGGCCGGUUUGGCAGUGUUCCUCUAGAAGCAUCAGGAGACUUUGGCAUUCAUCCCGAAGAAGGAGAGUUCCAUCUUAUGUGUCAGGUUCCUGCUGUUGAAGUGAAUGCUUUGAUGAGAACUUUUAAAAUGAAACCGCUCUUAUUUCCGCUAGCUGGAUCAGUAACUGCCCUAUUCAAUUGUCAAGGCCCGCUGGAUUCUCCAGUAUUUGUAGGCACUGGAAUGGUUUCUAGGACGUUCUCUAAUUCACAUAUUGACACCCCUGCAUCUGUAGCAUCGGAAGCACUUGCUGCGAGUAAGGAAGCCGGUGCACUGGCAGCAUUUGACCGCAUUCCAUUGUCUUAUGCAUCUGCCAAUUUCACUUUCAACACCGAUAACUGUGUUGCCGAUUUAUAUGGAAUCAGGGCUUGUCUUAUAGAUGGUGGUGAAAUUCGAGGAGCUGGGAAUGCAUGGAUAUGCCCAGAGGGUGAGGUGGAUGAGACAGCAAUAGAUGUGAAUUUAUCUGGUAGUUUGUCCUUUGAUAACAUCGUGCUUCGUUAUAUGCCAAGUUAUUAUCAUCAGAUGCCACUCAAAUUAGGGGUAUUAAAUGGAGAAACAAAACUGUCAGGAGCUCUUCUAAAACCACGGUUUGAUAUAAAAUGGACGGCACCUACCGCAGAAGGGUCUUUUGGCGAUGCUCGAGGAGAUAUCAUAAUCUCACACGAGUUCAUUACUGUGAAUUCCUCUUCAGCUGCAUUUGAUCUAUGUACGCGGAUCCAAACAUCUUAUCUUGAUGAUUUAUCUCUUAAUAAAGGAGAUCCUUAUGCACCAAGAGCCAUUCCAUUUACCAUUGAUGGAGUUGAGAUGGAUUUGCGUAUGCGUGGGUUUGAAUUCUUCAAUUUGGUUUCUGCAUAUACUAUGGAUUCUCCAAGACCUUUGCAUCUGAAAGCAUCUGGAAGGGUCAAAUUCCAGGGGAAGGUUUUAAAACCCAGUGGCAGUAUUAGCGAACAAAAUUCUGAUACAAAUAGGCAUCAUGCAGACACAUUGGAGAAAGGAAUCUCAGAUAGUCUUGUUGGUGAAGUUUCAAUCUCUGGUCUUAAACUGAAUCAAUUGAUGCUUGCACCACAGCUGUCUGGGUUGUUGACAGUUUCUCCUGAGUGUAUCAAGUUGGAUGCCUCGGGUAGGCCUGAUGAAAGUCUUGCAGUGGAGUUUGUUGGUCCACUGCAGCCAAAUAACGAAGAUGGCCUACAAAGUGGAAAACUGUUGUCUGUUUCUCUUCAGAAAGGACAAUUAAGGGCUAAUGUUUGUUUUCAACCAUUUCAUUCUGCUAACUUGGAGGUACGUCAUUUUCCACUUGAUGAGUUGGAGCUUGCUUCUCUUCGGGGGACUAUACAGAGAGCAGAAUUGCAACUUAAUCUUCAAAAAAGAAGAGGACAUGGAGUCCUAUCUGUACUUCAGCCGAAAUUCAGUGGUGUGCUUGGUGAAGCUCUAGAUGUGGCAGCUAGAUGGAGUGGAGAUGUUAUCACUAUUGAAAAAACUGUUUUGCAACAAAACCACAGCUAUUAUGAACUUCAAGGUGAAUACGUUUUGCCUGGUACUCGAGAUCGUAAUCCUAUUGACGGAGGAGGUGGCCUUUUUAAAAAGCUAAUGUCGGGUCAUCGCGUUGGUAGUGUUAUAUCCUCAAUGGGCAGGUGGAGAAUGAAACUUGAAGUUCCCAGAGCAGAGGUUGCUGAGAUGCUUCCUCUUGCGAGGCUUCUUUCUCGGAGCAUGGAUCCUGCUGUUCAUUCAAGAUCUAAGGAUUUUUUUCUUCAAAGUUUACAGUCAGUGGGAGUAUUUUCUGAAAGCCUUCAACAAUUGCUUGAGAAAAUGAGGGGGCUCCAUGCUCCAUCAAAUGAUGUUGUUCUUGAGGAUUUAACCCUGCCCGGUUUAUCUGAAUUCAAAGGUCACUGGCAUGGAUCUCUCGAUGCUAGUGGUGGAGGAAACGGAGACACCUUGGCAGAGUUUGACUUUCAUGGGGAGGACUGGGAGUGGGGAGACUACAAAACUCAGCGUGUCGUGGCAGUUGGUGCUUACAGUCAUGAUGAUGGUAUGCACCUGGAGAAAAUUUUCAUCCAGAAGGAUAAUGCAACCAUCCAUGCAGAUGGAACAUUGUUAGGGCCUAAAACCAACCUCCAUUUUGCUGUCUUAAAUUUUCCUGUUAGUUUGGUCCCCACUGUAGUUCAGGUCUUCGAAUCUACAGCAACAGAUGUUGUUCAUUCGCUGCGGCAACUUUUGGCACCCAUUAGGGGCAUAUUGCAUAUGGAAGGUGAUCUCAGAGGAAGUUUAGCAAAACCAGAAUGUGAUGUGCAAGUAAGGCUCCUGGAUGGUGCCAUUGGUGGCAUUGAUCUUGAACGAGCAGAACUUGUUGCUUCUCUAACCUCAACCAGCCGUUUUCUAUUCAAUUCAAAACUUGAACCUGUAACCCAAAGUGGCCAUGUACUCAUUCAAGGCAGCAUUCCGGUUGCUUUUGUCCAAAAUAACACAUCACAGGAAGAUGUAGAAUCAGAUAAGAGUCGGGCGAAUUGGGUUCCUGAUUGGGUGAAGGAGAAGAAUAAAGGGGGCAUUGAUGAUGUCAGCGACAAAAAAGUUUCUAGAGAUAAAAACGAAGAUGGUUGGAAUACUCAAUUAGCAGAAAGCCUUAAAGGUUUAAAUUGGCAAAUUUUAGAUGCUGGAGAAGUCAGGAUUGACGCUGAUAUAAAAGAUGGGGGAAUGACGUUGGUAACAGCUUUAUCUCCUCAUGCCAAUUGGCUUCAUGGUAAUGCUGAUGUCAUGCUUGAGGUCAGAGGCACAGUGGAUCAGCCAGUACUUAAUGGACACGCCUCAUUCCAUAGGGCAUCAAUUUCUUCACCCGUGUUCCGAAAGCCACUCACCAACUUUGGUGGAACUGUUAACGUGAAAUCAAACAGGCUAUGCAUCACAUCACUAGAGAGUAGGGUAAGCAGAAAAGGAAAGCUUCUUGUAAAAGGCAACCUACCACUCAGAACUAGUGAAGCAGCUCCUGAUGACAAGAUAGAAUUGAAAUGUGAAGUUUUAGAAGUCAGGGCACCAAAAACAUUAAGUGGUCAGGUUGAUUCUCAACUGCAAAUAACUGGUUCAAUAUUGCAACCAAACAUAUCUGGGAAUAUCAAAUUAAGUCACGGAGAAGCAUAUUUGCCACAUGAUAGAGGUGGUGCUCCUGCUUCUAAUAGAUUCCCAUCGAACGAGUCAAUGCUUCCUUCUGGCGGUGUUAGUCAAGUUUUUGCUUCAAGAUAUGUUUCACGAUUUUUCAGCUCAGAAUCUCCUGCAAGUGCCAAAACUUCUCAAUCUUCUGGCUCUGUUAAUAAGUCAAGUCAGGUUGAAAAUGAGAUGGAGCAAGUGCAGAUUAAACCAAACGUAGAAAUAUGCCUUAAUGAUUUGAAGCUUGUCCUUGGACCAGAGUUAAAGAUAGUAUAUCCUUUGAUUCUCAAUUUUGCUGUCAGUGGAGAGCUUGAGUUGAAUGGUCUGGCUCAUCCCAAAUGGAUAAAACCUAGAGGCAUACUGGCAUUUGAGAAUGGUGAAAUCGAUCUAGUUGCCACCCAGGUGAGGUUAAAAAGAGAGCAUUUAAAUAUUGCAAAAUUUGAACCCGAGUAUGGACUAGAUCCAAUGCUAGAUUUGGUUUUGGUUGGAUCUGAAUGGCAAUUUAGAAUCCAAGGUAAAGCCAGCAAUUGGCAGGACAAACUUGUAGUGACCUCGACUCGUUCUGUGGAACAGGAAGCACUCUCACCUACUGAGGCUGCCAGAAGAUUUGAGAGUCAAUUGGCCGAAUCCAUUUUGGAAGGCAAUGGUCAACUUGCAUUUGAAAAGCUUGCAACUGCGACUCUUGAAAAAUUAAUGCCACGAAUAGAAGGGAAAGGAGAGUUUGGCCAGGCUAGGUGGAGGGUAGUGUAUGCACCUCAGAUUCCUAGUCUGGUUUCUGUUGAUCCUACAGCAGAUCCUCUCAAGUCACUAGCUAGUAAUAUAUCGUUUGGUACAGAAGUUGAAGUCCAACUUGGCAAACGUCUUCAGGCCACAAUUGUUCGGCAAAUGAAGGAAUCCGAGAUGGCAAUGCAGUGGACCUUGAGCUAUCUGCUUACAAGUCGUUUGCGGGUGCUCCUACAAUCUUCUUCGACCAAUCGCCUUCUUUUUGAAUAUUCUGCUACAUCUCAGGAUUGACUUGCAACUAAGUAACAAUUUCGAAAAUUGGUCAUGCCCUAGAUGCAGCUUACAUCGAUAUUCCUCGUAUUUUAAGGGGAAGGGGAAUUUUGAGACAGUCUUUGAAUGUAAGAAAGUAGUGUGUAGAUGCAUAUUAUUUUUUUGCUCAAAUUGAGCUUGUUAAUAUGUAGAUGUUUAUGUCAUGAAUAAUUCAGCCUAUUAGUUUUGUACAGAAAUUCAAUUUUGAUGAAAGAAAAUGUAUAGUAUGAUAACAUGUUGACGACACAUGAAGGUCAGAUGUUUGUUUGUUGAAAGAGCAGUGCUUUUCUUUCUGCAUCAGAACCAUCUAAUCCUAUUUGCACCCUUAAUUGUUCAA